AUUCUUUCUAGAACGAACGAAAACUUCGCGCAUGCGUACACGUUUCAGUUGUCAAACGGUGGUUAUGGAGAUAAACGUAGGCAACUGCUGUACUUGGAGCUCAGGUACAGGAUGCCUCAUAAGAUAGACUUCUCUGUGAUCAGCUGGUCUGGUCAUGAAGGAAACUACAGUGGCAAAAAUCUGAUGGUCCACGGGCCCACUGUCAGUGGCUGGAGAUCCACCAGGUUCUGUCCAUUCCCUCAGGAAAUCAUAUUGCAGUUGGUUGAGAGAUGUCGAGUCAGGAAACUCCAGCUACUGGCCCAUCAGUACCUGAUCCCAUCCAAGAUCGAGUUCCACAUUGGAGACAGACUGCCAGAGUCCAGCUCACCCCAACAGACCCAUAGUCUUCACAGAUUGGGGUACGUGUCUCUCUCUGAAAACGAGAAGACUGGUUUCAGAGCCAGAGAGCUGAAGUCUGUUCACGUUGAUGCUGUUGGGUCUUACUUGAAGCUCACCUUUCACAGAAACCAUGUUAAUCAAUACAACAGCUACAAUCAGGUUGCAUUGGUGGCCCUAAAUAUUUUGGGUGACCCUGUGGAUGGAAAUGAGAUUUGGACAGCACUAAGCAAAGAUCAGCUGAUUGAUCAGUAUCUAAACAACAGCCAAUACAGCUCAGCUUUGGACGGCACACACACUGGGCUCUCAAGUUAUAAAUGUGACUCUAUCUCGCCGCUCGAUGACUUGGCGUUUGACAUGUAUCAGGACCCUGAGGUGGCCCACAUCAUUCGUUUACUGGACCAGAAAAAACAGGACAUGGUUCGAGGGGAAAGAUUUGAUCUGGCUAAAAAACUCAAACAAGCUAUCGCAGACCUCCAAAAGGUGGGUGAGCGUUUGGGCCGGUAUGAUGUGGAGAAACACAGUGCCAUAGAACGAGAGGACUAUGACACAGCUAAGCAGAAAAAGGAACAAAUGGAAGCUUACAGGCUCACAGUCUACCAGCAGCUGGAGCUCCAUGACCUGCUGGACAUCAGUCAGAUCCAGAGAAUUCCCGAGCUUUCCAACUCUGAAUUCCCCUAUCCACGUGUUGGGACACAGAAACACGUGCCUCAUCUAGCAGACUCACCCAAGAAGAGAAGACAGAGGCAACGUGUGAAGGAGACUGAUGAGCAGGACACUCCAAAAGCAGCUAGCCCCAAACAUACAGUCGCCCAAACACCCCUCACUCCUCCUCACUUCCCCAAGACCGAUAUCAGUUCUCUUCCUUAUGAUGAGAGGCCUUUACCUGCUCUUAGGAAGAGGUCGAGUGGUCAGCCAGUCAGUGAGCUCGAUGAGAUGCCCCCUCUGACGGACACAACCACCCCAUCUAGCCUUGGGGCCACAGGACAACCAGAACCGCUCACAGAGAAAGCUCAGAGAGAGGCCAGUCUGCCCAUCGACAUCUAUGGAGACAGUCUGGUGGCCGGGGCCUAUUCCAAGACGUGGUCAUACAGGGAGGAUGCUUUGCUGACAGUCUACAAGAAACUGUUGGAGGUUCCACGUGGAACCCCAAAAGCAGAACUGCGGAGCAUGACCAGAGCAGCUGUGUUCCUCUGCAAGAAAGCUCUCACAGAUAAAGUGUCAUCUGUGUUUCUUGCAUCUCUCAAUCUGCUUCGAAUGAUUCUGAGUGAGUUUAUUCCCAACCAUCAGCUGGGCAAAUCUGAGAUCAGUCACUGUGUGGAACAGACUUGGAAUAAUCUGCUCUCCAGGACCGGAGAAUCAGCCCUGAGACUGAGAACCCCAGCUAUUACCUUCAUACAGGAAAUGGCUUUAUUUAAGGAGGUGCGAGCUGUGCAGAUGGUUCCUGUGGAGCUUGUGAGGCCCAUGCAGAGCAGUGCACCCACCAGACUGGCGCUGAGCAGACUGGAACUGCUGGAGAAGCUUCUGGAACAGCUGGGCACCAAGGACUCUGGCUUCACCCUUGACAACGUCAUGCGGUUUCUGGCAGGUGGACUGGAGCACAGUGCUGCCCCGGUGCGGGAACUCUCUGUGAGAGUUGUCCUGGCUAUGUACGGUCUUCAAGGAAAAGCAGUUCUGAAUUAUCUGCCACCUGAUGACAACAGCACACGUAAAAAUGUCCUCUACAAGAACCUUUUUGACUCACUUGCAAAAUUAGAUGGAAACACCAUCAACACACAGAAGCCAAAAAAAGGGUCAGAAAAAGAAGAUGGUGAGAAAGAAAAAGAGGAAAUCAGGAGCUUGCAAGAGCAGCUUGCAGUGCUGAAGGAGAUCAGUGAGAAAGGGAAGGACAAUACUAGAGUACCUGAGAAAAAAACUGAGAAGGCAACCAAAUCAGCAGGUGUUAAGAAGGUAAACCAGUCUGUACCUGCUGAUGUGAAAGGCAGCGAACCAUCUGUUGCUAACUUCUUAGACAAUCUGUGUAUUUUCUGUGGAGAGAGAGAUGAAUCAUUCACUGAGGAUGGACUCGAUCUUCACUACUGGAAACACUGUCCGAUGCUGCAGCGCUGCCUUCAGUGCAGACAGGUGGUGGAGAUUGCAAGCCUGACAGAGCACUUGCUGACUGAGUGUGAGCAGAGGGCAAAUUUUACCCAGUGUCCUCUCUGCUCUGAAGCUCUCACCCGAGAUGAGCUAACUGAACAUGCUCAAAGCGCUUCUUGCAAUCCACCUGCUUCUGGAGAAAACUGUAAUCACUGUCCUCUCUGCCAUGAAAACUUCGCCUCAGGGGAGGAGGUCUGGAAGUCUCACCUCAUGGGAAUUGAGGGUUGUAAACAGAACUCACGGAGGAGAGUGGUACAGCAGAGCACUCUCUCACAUGCACAAGGAAAAACGGUCAGCACAGCCAUAGCUAAAACUACAACGGUCAUAUCCGAGUCCAAGACUCGAGGGCUGGGCAGGGGCAGUCGUAUCCCCGCUCCUGCUUCUAGGACCAACAGACACACCAGAAUUCCUCCAGGCAAGGCUUCUACCCACAGACUACUACAGGCAUAGCACACGGGCUAAAUGCUAACUCCAGCAGCUUUGCUGGAACAAUCUCAUAUGAGUGAUUCAUAGCGAAAAAACACAAAGUUUUCAAAUAAUGCAUUAUUGCACUUACUGUUGUACUGAUUUAUAAAUAUUACUACAAGGUACAGCAUCAUUAUUCUAAGCACACAUUAUCAUUGACACCUGAUAUAAAAUUUUCCCAUAAAUGAAUGUAAAAUAUCAUGUCAGUGGCUUGUGAAUAAUAAUACUUGAGCAGAAAAACAGGUUUAUGAGCAGAUGCGCAGUCUGUAUUUUGCUCUGUUUAUCCUUUCAGGUGGAUCACCUGGAUUUUUUUGUUAUCUAUUUGAGAAUUUUAUUCUUGUAUGUUGUUUUGUACUUGUUUGUUUACUGUGUGUGUGUGUGUGGAGUAUGUGAAUAUUUAGUGAUCGUAGCAUUUUGAUAUUUAAAAGUUUUUAAAGCAUCAUUAGCACCAUAGCCAAAAGUGAAAAGUAGCCUUUGAAAAGUAAACAAUUCUGUCAAAAGAUUUAAACUUCAGACAGAUUCUCAUUGUGUCUGAUUCAGAUAAUGCACUUCAAUUACCUGCAGCACUCGCUUUUCAACAUUUAGGUACCAAACUAACAAAAAAGGAAGGCAAAGGCUAAUUAAAGCCACAGAACUGCCUUGGUGCUUCUCAAAGAAUCAGGACAUGGAACAAAAAUGUUGCCAAUAAAUGAAGGCACUGCUGGGAGAAUAAAGAGCCAUAAGGGAUGAUGAUGAUGCUAUUAAGACUCUUAUUUCAUAUGUUUGGUCUUUGCAUUUAUUUCAGUAUUAUAGAAACUUUUGCCUCUGUUUGUUGGCACCUAAACGUUUUUUGUCUAGUGUGUGACGUGUGAAAUCACAGGGUAUGAUCUGCAUCAAACUACAGUAUGCUGUGUAAUAAAAGUAAUGAUUUAGUCCAGACAUAUUUAUAAAAUCAUUGAGUCCGAAGAUAUGAAACAUUAUGAUAGACAGUCUGAGUGGAAUAUGCUGAUCCUGUGCCUGAAAAUGCUUUUUAAAUUAUUAAAGUCAGUUUCCCUAUUGUGCGAGCCAGGGAGUGCAUUUUUAAAGAUACAACCCCAAUAGGCUUUAACAGUAUGUUAAACCAGAAUAAAACAAACCAGUUUAAAACUGAUUGUGAUCUCAGCAGAGGCGUUUCUUUUUAAGAAUGUCUUCUGGAGUCAUGGUUGACAUUUAUGCAUUGUCUGUAGUUCUUUACAGCUCACUGUGGAGACAUCCAUUAUGUAACUGACAUAAAUCAACCCUCGCAGACAUGAUUCACUCAUGUGGCUUUACAAAGAUGUCUAAUAUAUAAAUAUAUCAGUUAUUUAUUAAAUAAGUCAACCUAAUCAAUUAUUUCAAAGUGGAGAGAGUGCUGUAAAAACACUCAGUUGUUUUCUCAGAUGACUGACACAUACCCAAAUAGUAUUCAUUUUUCAGUCAGAGUUGUAUAUUUUUUUUACUGGUAAUAUAUAGAGCAUCAUAGAUUGUUUUUGUGGAGUAGAGCUUUUUUGUGUUUGCUUUAAUUUGGAUUUAUUUUAGUUACAGUAGCAAAAUUAAGAAGCACAGUAGAGUUUUUGUCUAUCAUGGUAAUCUUGAUGAGGUACCUGAAAAUGCUGCACUAAUGUGUAUUGUCGGUUCUCAAGGACAUGAUUGACAGCUUAAUUUGGGAAAACUAAAUUAAUUUAACUGCCACUUACAGACUAAUUGAUAUGUGCAGUCUUGGUCUGGCUGCUUUCAUGUUCACAGGCGUACAGUUCACAGCUUUAAUGUUGUCUGUACAAGCUUGUUUGCAAUUGCAAUGAGAACAUUUAAGACUUUGCAAAACAAGAGUUUGAAGAUUUAUACUAACUGUAAUUUGAAGUGUUUCACCACACAUUAAUUACAUGCCCCUAUAUCAGUGGAAGCUACAAUCUGUUUCUAGCUUUAUUUGAUUUAAAUAAAUGUAUUUGAAUAAAAAUGU